CUGUAACCGGAUGUUGUGUUUUCUUGAUUGUAGCUUGACACUCAGUCCUUCCUGUGCUGUAACGCUGGGAGGGAGUUCAAUCCAAGUCGCCGUAAAGGGAACUGAGGUACCGUGGAGCAGGAAGGCCACACAUACACACUCUCACACACUCUCACACACACAGGUCGUGCUCAGGCUCAUCUCCAUCGGUUCCGUGGUUCGUCGAUAGUGAAAAUGAUCCAGUGCUUGCAGGUCAUGUUCUUUCUGUCAAUUCUGGUGGCGUUCGCCGCCUGCGACGCUCCCCCGGUACCGUUAGACGACAUCCUCAUUGAGAAAACUUUCGUGCCGGAGCAGUGCGUGCGCGCCGUCAAAGUGGGAGACUUCGUGAGGUAUCACUACAACGGCAUGUUUCCAGACGGGAAGAAGUUCGACUCCAGUUAUGAUCGCGGCAGCACCUACAACGUGUUUGUGGGUAAGAAGCAGCUGAUCGAGGGGAUGGACAAAGCUCUGGUGGGGAUGUGUGUCAAUGAGAGAAGGCUGGUCAAAAUCCCACCUCAGCUGGCCUAUGGGAAGCGGGGAUACGCUGACAUCAUCCCCCCCGACUCCAUCCUCCACUUUGACGUCCUGCUGCUCGACGUGUGGAACUCCGAAGACGGCGUCCAGAUCAACACUUACCACACACCGUCCACCUGCUCCAGAAAGGUGGAGGUCUCUGACUACGUCCGCUACCACUACAACGGCACACUGCUGGACGGGACGCUCUUUGACUCCAGUCACACACGUAUGCGUACGUAUGACACGUAUGUUGGGAUCGGCUGGCUGAUCGCUGGUAUGGACCAGGGGCUUCUGGGAAUGUGUGUCGGAGAGAGACGCAUUGUCACGAUGCCUCCGUCACUUGGAUAUGGAGAGAAUGGAGAUGGCAGUGACAUCCCAGGACAGGCGUCUCUGGUGUUUGACGUCAUUCUCCUGGACCUGCACAACCCCAGAGAUGGAAUCGCAGUGACCAAUCAGAAAGUGCCCGAGUCCUGCACAAGGAAGUCCGUCGCGGGUGACUUUGUGCGUUACCACUACAAUGGCAGCCUCCUCGAUGGAACGUUCUUUGAUUCCAGCUACUCUCGCAACAGAACCUACGACACCUACAUUGGCCGAGGCUACGUGAUCGCCGGCAUGGACGAGGGUCUGAUUGGAGUCUGUGUUGGAGAGCGACGCACCAUCACCAUCCCCCCACAUCUCGCCUAUGGAGAAGAGGGCACAGGUACCAAGAUUCCCGGUUCUGCCGUGUUGGUGUUUGACAUUGACAUCAUCGACUUCCACAACCCGUCAGACAGCACCGAGAUCACUGUCACGCACAAGCCUGAAGAAUGUAAUAAACAAACAAAGAAGGGAGACUUUGUCAAAUAUCACUACAACGCUACCCUGAUGGACGGCACAUCCAUCGAUUCCACGCACAAUUAUGGGAAGACAUACAACAUUGUCCUGGGUGCCAACCAGGUGGUUCCAGGGAUGGAGGAUGGACUGUUGGACAUGUGUGUGGGAGAGACGAGGCACGUUAUUAUUCCCCCUCACCUGGGCUAUGGAGAGCGAGGAGUCACUGAUGAAGUCCCAGGGAGCGCGGUGCUGGUGUUUGACAUCGAGCUGGUUGACAUGGAGGAAGGACUUCCCGACGGCUACAUGUUCAUCUGGAAUGACGACGUGUCACCUGACCUCUUUGCAGAGAUGGACAAAGACCAAAACAAGCAGGUGGAGCCCUCUGAGUUUACGGACUACAUCAUGCAGCAGGUGAGCGAGGGCAAAGGUCGCCUGGCGCCUGGCUUCGAUCCCUACCGCAUCAUCGACAACAUGUUCUCCAACCAGGACCGUAACGGAGAUGGAAAAAUCACAGAGGCAGAGUUCAAACUUAAAGCAGAUGAAUCUGCCACACACGACGAACUAUGACGGGAGUGAAUGUAAAACUCGGAUGAGGAUACAGGAGGGGAGGGUCAGACAGUUUGGGAAAUGUGGGUGAUAUAGUCGAAAAAGGGCGGGGUUGUAUGUGUAAGUUAAGCAAGUGUGGAGUGAUGGUUUUAUUUUGAGGACUGACAUGAUAGUAGACUCAUGUCUUGUCCUUUUAGACACAGUUUAAGAGUCAAAUGUUGCAAAGAAAAGACCUAAUAUGAGGACUAUGAAGACAGCAAAUGACUUAAUUCUCUUCUUCCAGCAACUUUUUUUUUUUAUGUUGUGUUUUAGCUGGUAUGUUUUUCGAAGGGUAUAAAAGCACUCCUGUGUGAUAGAACAAACCUCACUCCAUUCAGUCUUGACAUCUGUUGUCAUUACCUCUGCUACGGAGGUUGUGUUUUUAUUUGUCUUUUUGUACGUAAAGAGCAGAUUUGGAUCAGGUUAUGGUCUAAGGAAGAAACUAGAACAUUUUGUUGGAGAUCUGGAUCCAGAUUCAGGAUUGAAAAGAAAAAAAAUGGGUCUUGGUGGAGAUUUUGCGCUCUCUGAGUACUUUCUCUACUUAAUAACAUGUUGUUGUUGUUGUUGUUGUGUGAAACUUCUUUCUCUGGGUAUUGUAUUGCCUCUUUUCCCUGAUAUUGGACAGUCUUGUCUUACAGAAGCAUCACUCACAGUGAUAUACUGUACUUAUUUAUAGGUGAGAAUAAGUGAUAAUGUGAAGUGAGAGCUUUCUGUUAGAAUGACAUUUCUUUUUACACCAUGUACAUUUUAAGAACGUCAGAGGAAAUCAGGAUUAUUGAGAAAAGCAACCAAACAAUUCUGAAAAGACAUGACAUUAUAUAUUUGAUUUCUCACAGAGGAAUCGUGAUGCAAUAACACAUAUCCUAACUCUUUCCUUUCUUAUAUUUAAUCAACUUUACUGCCUCUCCACAUCUUGUUGAUUAAAUUCUUAGUGGUGAAAUUUACAGGGUCCAAUAUGAGUAUUUGCCACCAUUUCCAAUCUAGAAGCCUAUUGGUGAAUGACUUCACCAGACACACGUUUACUGUUAUUUGUCGUGGUUAUUCCAUCUCUUGUUUUUGUCUGCAUCCAAGUGUCAGAGUGAGUGAAUGAGUGUGAACGUAGUUUAUGUUUUACUUUUUUUUUUAUUCAGGAAACUGCUGAGGCUUGACGAUUUCAAUGUAAGCAGCUCAACCUCUAAUUAAAUGACCUGACCUACAGAAAACA